CCAAAACAGCAGCUGUCCCGCUAGUGGGGAGCGUUUGCCAUGGACAACGGUCACGUAAGCAGAUACCGCUUAAGCGUCACCACGAGCCCACCUCGGUGGGAGAUCGGCAUCUACGCCGCUGGCGCCUUGGCACUGCUGGGGAUAGCCGCCGUCAACCUCUGGAAGCUCUGGCGCUCCGGCAGCUACCCGGCGCCUUCCCCCUUCCCCAACUACGACUACCGAUACCUGGAGCAAAAGUACGGGGCGGCGUAUUCGGAUGUCAAACACAAGCGAGGGAUGGCCCCGGGCUCGCAGAGGGCGCUGGAUAAGACCUCACCCAUCCGCAAGACCAGCCUGCGGGCAGAUGACACCUUCGAGAGCAUUAACGAGCUGGGGAGCCUGGAGCUGAUGAGCAAAGACCUGGGCUUGGCCCCCUAUGGCCCCCUGAAGAAAUCUAUCUCGGCUGACUCCCUCAGCUCCAUCUCCUCCAUCGGGAACAACUUUGGGCAGGAUUUCACGGUGGGGCAGGUGGAGGUCUCCAUGGAGUACGACGGGAAGGCGGCCACCUUGCACGUGACGCUGCUGCAGGGCAAGGACCUGCUGGAGAAGGAGGACGCUCGCUUCGAGUCCUGCUUCAUGCGCAUCAGCCUGCUCCCGGCCGAGCAGAUCGUCGGCAUCUCCCGGAUUCAGCGGAGCGCCUACACCGUGGCCUUCGACGAGCGCUUCUCCAUCCCACUGGACCCGGUGGCGCUGGAGGAGAACAGCCUGCGCUUCUCCGUCUUCGGCAUCGACGAGGACGAGAGAAAUGUCAGCACCGGCGUGGCCGAGCUCAAGCUCUCCGACCUGGACCUGGCCGUGCGUCCCUUCAACGCCUGGCUCUACCUGCAGGACAUGAACAAGGCAGUGGACACGGUGGGGGAGAUCCUGCUCUCCCUGAGCUACCUGCCCACGGCUGAGCGCCUGACGGUGGUGGUGGUCAAAGCCAAGAACCUCGUGUGGACCAACGGCAAAGUGACUGCAGAUCCCUUUGUCAAGGUGUACCUGCUGCAGGACGGGAGGAAGAUCAGCAAGAAGAAGACGGCGGUGAAGAGGGAUGACACCAACCCCGUGUUCAACGAGGCCAUGAUUUUUUCGGUGCCGGCCAUCGUGCUCCAGGUCUGUCCCGGCUCAGGGGACAUGUCCCAGCCUGGGGGGCACAUCCCAUUGCUCCUCGAGGUCCCCAAAUCCCUGUGCUAG